UUCCACUUUAGCGCGUUAAUAGUCAUCAUUUUUCAUUAUUCCGAAUAUCAGUCACCUGUAUCAGCACGAACGCUCUAACGUGGGAAGUCGGAAAUUUCCGAGUUCUCAGUUGUCGUGAACUCGCUAUAUGACCCGGAUGGAGACUGCUUCAAUAAUUGCUAAAUAAAAUAAAUAAAGCUGCUCUUGUAUUAAAACAACAGAUUCUUACGUACCAGAAUUCACGUGUUGUUUUCAUAACUUAGUUUUAAGCAGAUUGCCUCUGUUAUUCUCCGCUCUACUGUGUAUAAUCAGACUGAACUCUAAAGGUCACGAGGUCACGAGAACUAAUUUAUAAGUCUCUCUGAGCACAGUUCCGUCCAUCAGAAUUCCAGAUAGUGAUUCAUCCUACCAGGGAACUGCUCCAGACUUCAGUGGAAGUGCUUUUGCUCCACUCAACUCCACGCCAUUUGACCCUCAUCGUCGCCAACACUGAUUUUUUCCAGCGCCAUGACCAAUGAAAGGACAAAAGUGAAGUUCAACUGGCUGAAGGACAAAAGUGAAGUUCACACCGCAUUCGUCUCACCUACGAAAUUCCAGAAGAACGAAGUCGGUUUGGCUCGGCCCACUUGCUGGGGUGAUGAUCCAUCGGAUGAAUCGUCUAAAGACUCCUCUCCCAGCCUGGACAUGACCACCAGCUCAGUGGAACUGGCAGAAAUGGCGAACAUUAAACUCCACACACCUCGAGAGAAACAUGUCACACCGUCGCAGACACGGGGCUCUCAGAAAACACACCGUCUGUCCAACAGACCCCGCAGACUGUUUGAGAACACGAAGUCUCCAUUGUCCACUUCUGAUGAGAAGAGAAAAGACAGAACUCCAGAGGAAGGAUCAAGGGCCAUCUACCUCAGAGCCCUGAGUGCCGCGCUUGGUAGCAGACAGAGGAAGUUGCCCAACACUGAAGCUCGUACCAAGAGGCUGCAAUCCCAGACACCUUCUAAAGAAACCAUUGCUGUUAAACCGGAGACGGAGAGAAACACAGAGCGCAAUGUAGACACUGAGGAAGAGGAGAACGCAGUGGUAACCCACACUAAGAAUGUGGUCUUGAAAGGUGGCGACUUUCCUGAUUGGUCAAAUGUUGAGGACGAGGAUGAACGUGUGGAGCGAGCGAUAAUGUGCUCAAAGUAUGGAGAAGCUGGCGAUGCUGAGGCUCCACCUCCUGUGGCAUAUGUCCCACCUUCAGAAGUAAUGCUGACCCCACAAACCUCAUUUGGUAUGCCAUGGAUUGAUCUGCCCCACCAGCCCACCACUUUCUCUUGGAGCACAUGGAGAGAGGGCAACUCUUCUGCCAAUAAUAGAAUGCAUCUACCCAAUAAUCCAGUCGUAGGUUUGGGACAAGACCUCAGUCUUACACAGCCAAUCGGACAGAGCCCUUCACCUUCACGGUCUUGUGUCCCAUCUCCAAACGAGCUGUGUGAGUUCUCGCCACUGUUUAGACAACAGUCUCCAUAUGCACACUUGCCCUGUGGUUCAACGUCAUCCCUUACCGAUGACCUCAUUGACCGCAGCAGGUCUGCAGAAUCAGAGCCUCUCUGGCAGUCAGACUCCAACUCAUUGGGCUUCAUUGACACCCACUGUCACCUGGAUAUGCUGUAUGGGAAGUUGGGUUUCCGCGGAAGCUUCCGAAGCUUCCGGGAUAUAUAUAACAGUAGUUUCCCUGCGGAAUUCCAUGGCUGCAUAACCGACUUCUGCAACCCGAGAAUCACAAAAAAGGAAGCCAUCUGGGAAUGGCUUCUAGGAGAGGAGUAUGUAUGGGGUGCCUUCGGAUGCCACCCUCACUUCGCCAAGGAGUACAAUUCCACUCAUGAGCAAAGCAUCAUGGGAGCCAUGCGUCAUCCUAAGACUGUUGCGUUUGGAGAAAUCGGGUUGGAUUACUCGCAUAAGAAUUCAACCAACCCCAGCAAACAGAAAGAGGUGUUCGAGAGGCAGCUGCGUCUGGCUGUGUCUUUGGGGAAGCCGCUGGUUAUUCACUGCCGGAACGCUGAUGAUGAUUUGCUGGAUAUUAUGAGGAAGUGUGUUCCUCGAGACUACAAGAUACACCGACACUGCUUCACCAACAAGUACUCCGUAAUCGAGCCGUUCCUGAGCGAAUUCUCAAACCUGUGUGUGGGUUUCACGGCCCUGGUGACAAACUCUAGCGCUGUAGAGGCCCGAGACGCUGUAAGGAAAAUCCCGUUGGACCGAAUCCUGCUGGAAACCGACGCACCCUACUUCCGACCCAAACAGGUGUCUACAUCCGUGUGCAGGUUUUCUCACCCAGGGAUGGGAAUACACACCCUGCAGGAAAUCAGCGUGCUGAAGAGAGAGCACUUCUCCACCGUGCUCAAAACAAUCCGUCAGAACACCACACACAUCUACGGCCUGUAAACCCUGUAUAAAUCCUUAAAGGUUGUGAAUGUUCUAAUCACACAAUACAUUUUUAUUAAUUAAUUAAAGAUUAUAGAUCAAAUUUCACUUAUCAUAGGUGACUUAUUCUUGAGUUAUUCACGUUCUACACAUCGACCUCCACGGGUUUAGAGGAACUGGUUCAGAUGGAUCUGGCUAGAUUUUUUUUUUUCUUGAAUUUAGCUUCACAUCUUAUAUUUAUUAUUUUGUCUGUGCUUUCUGUGAGGAAAAAAAAAAGUAUCUGCAGUAUACGGAUGUGAUGCGUAGAACCUGGCAACCCUACCUAACAGUGCUUAAAAGGAACACCAGAUGGAUGAGAAAUGCUUAAUGUUUAAUUAAAAAAAAAACUACACACUGACCAAACUGCAUUACUGUCAAUUUAAUUGUGUUCAUUUUACGUUUCCUUUUUAUUUCUUUUUAUCUGUUGUUUUAAUUACAUUCAUUUUGAAGUGUUUUGAAUCAGGAUACUUUCCGUUCAGACUGUUGUUAGUUUGCUCCGUCUGAAACAAAUGGUGAAUGAACAAAAGCCUGUGACUUUACUGUGUCAGUAUUUAUUCUUCAGAAUGUGUGUGUGUGUGUGUGUGUGUGUGUGUGUGUGUGUGUGUGUGUGUAUGUGUGUGUGUGUGUGUGAGGUAUCAGAACCCACCUGAAGGUGGUGGAUCACCACCCAGGACAUCCAGUAACAUACUCUGCAGCACAGGACCGUAAUCCUUAUAUUGUGUGUCAGUGAGAGACACGGCCAGCCGGAACGGUGCGCUCACCUACAGAGCCGUAAGAACCGUUAAUAAACCGUGCAGAGAUUUCAGUUUAAAUGUGAGCAUUGUGGUCUUGGCUAGAGACGUGUGUGAGUCAUGAUUCUGCUCAGUUUUGUUUGUAUCUGCCUGUGAUCUGUUCUAACAAACUGAAUUUUAUUUAGUCGUUUUUCACAAAAUAGAAAUAAACCUUUACUUUAAUCCUA